AAUUGUGAGGCGGGCUGAAAGACAGCAGCGGAUCCUUGCAGGGCGUAUGCAUAGUUAGCCCAGUUGUUUCUGCGUCGAAACGUUUUCCGUCGAGCGUGACGGUUCGCGGGUGCUGCUGUGUUUCUUCUGAGGAUGGUGUUCGCGCCUGGACGCACUCCAACGACGACGCCCCUCCAACGAGUCCUGGAUCCUGGUGUAAUCAGAAGCUAGACGUCAGUAAGGUCUGGCCAGCCGUUAUCAGAACAGCUGCAGUGAGUCGAGUGAACAGCGCCAAACAACGAAGGACUGAAAUUUGCAGGGAUCAGCUGAUGCUGCAUGUUUCGGCAAUGGUAAUGUCAGACAAGCUCUAAGGGGAUGCUGACGUGAAGGUCAAGGAGGUCAUGGCAGUACAGCAGUCUCAACUCAUGGGCCCAGCGCCUCCCGUUUCUUGGAGGUUCUCCCCUCUUCCUACUCACAUAUUCGGCUUGCUGCCAGACGCUUGUAGCAGUGAGAGUAGCGACACAGAACUGGAACAGAAAGAAGGUUUGCAGCAGAUAGAAGAAGAGCGGAAGUUGCGUCAACAACGACAAUACGAAGACUACAGGAGCUUUCUGGAGGAGCAAAAGCGCCAGUUCUGUCUGCAACAAGAAGCUCAACUGUAUCAAGAACACGAAGACAUUCAAGAACGAUGUUUUCAGGACGGGCGCUUCCGUAAGUGCUUGAGCGGGUACGUUCAGGAACAACGUUAUAUAGAAGACGAGUCCGUAGAGAACCGUAAUCUGAACGGGUGCCUUCAAGAACAGGAUAAAUAUAACCUCAGUGGUUACAAUCACGAACACGAUACAUAUCAGUUAAACGGACAUCUCCAAGAGCAACCGCGGGAUAAUCAGUUUACAGUUGAUGCAGAUCAGUGUCAUAAUCAGUUUGCAACACAGCAGUAUGCAGAAAACGAGCUUCAGUAUCUAGAAGGAGGGGAGGGGUGCUCCAGGCCCCCCCAGCAGUGUUACAGCACGGAUGUUCCGGUCGGGCACACUGAACUUGUAGGUCAGCAGGAGACAGACGAGGGCGGACGGCUGUUCUGUAUUGUCGGCCCCACCGGAAGUGCCUGUGCAACCAUGUCGACAUUAGUUGGGGCAGCGGAAGGGAUGCGGCUAGAACUUGCGGGGGUUACAUUGGACAGCAGCACGGAUGACCUGAACAGCAUCGCGACGACGUGUGGACGUCGCAACGUCCGUCAAUAUAGGAAAGAUCUGUCCAUGGACUCUGGCAUCCAUGGUAGCUCCUGCGACCUCGCUGAAGCCUGCAGUGGCUCUGACCCCGAAGAGAACAUGGACGACGACAGCCUCAACAGAUCUCUUGAAGUAACUGUACCUGAAUGUACAGUAGACAAGAAUUCAUCUGCUGCAGUUCCGCCUGCAAUGAAGCUGAUUAAUAGUCGCCCUGGUAGUACUUUGGAAGUACAUCAAGUGGAGACCUUCAACUUGGUUGAAGAAGUCUACGUUAUGGAAGACUCCAAAAGAGAACUCCAUCCUGUGGCUCACGAAAUAAUCGUAGGUGGAAAUCAUGCUUUCAAGAAUCAUCGUGUCUCCAUCGCCGAAGAAACUGUUCUUGACGCCGACAGUUUGGCCGGUACCAGGGACCUCGUCGCUUCUGAACAACCCAGAGAUAAGCUUUCCAGCAGUUUCAGCUGCGAAGACACCGUUCAAAAUCCUUCGAAAAACAUUUCGGAAACUUCAGUCGGCAAGGCAUGCAACGGACACCGAACACCCAGAAACCUCACCCCACUGAAAGAGGAAUCUGCAGCAGAUAACUCAAACAUGAACCUUGAUCCAUUAACAAGAACAUAUGUGUCAUACUCUACUCCCUCUCUGGAUGAUGUUCCAGUCGUUGAAGCGAUAUCGGAAAGCGGCGCUGAAGCAAAAGUGACGAAAAUGGUGACAGUUGGUAGCAGAGAAGAGUUGGACGUGUCACGUGAUGUUAGUAAUAAUACCACAGGAGUUACCCAGCCACUUCAGCUCCAACACUUCGUGGUCGUUGCUAUAGACAUUGGAACUACCUACAGUGGAUACGCCUUUUGUUUCACCCGGGAUCUUGACUCCAACAUUCACAUGAUGAGAAAAUGGGAAGGAGGAGACCCCGGGCUGAAUAACCAAAAGACACCCACCACGCUACUCCUCACACCUAGCGGAGAGUUUCACUCCUUUGGCUUUGCUGCUAGGGACUAUUUCCAUGACUUGGACUUACAAGAGGCUAAGAAGUGGCUGUAUUUUGACAAGUUCAAAAUGGCCCUUCAUCACAACCAGGAUUUGAACCGAAACACGGAGUUAAAAGCAGCGAAUGGUCAGCCAGUGUCUGCACUCACUGUAUUUGCCCAUGCCUUGCGUCACCUCAAGCGCUAUGCUUUAUUGGAGUUGUCUGACCAGACUGGUUCAAACGUUGCUGUUGAAGAUGUCCGCUGGGUUGUGACUGUACCCGCCAUCUGGAAACAACCUGCCAAACAAUUUAUGAGAGAAGCCGCAUAUCAGGCAGGUCUUUGUGAGCCUGGAUGGCCUGAGAAUCUCUUGAUAGCAUUAGAGCCUGAAGUGGCUUCCAUCUGCUGCCGUAAACUGCGCCUGAAUCAGCUUGUGCCAGAGCGACCAAUUGAACAGACUGAGCUGAAAAUAAGGCGGACCUCCAGUUCUACUUUGAAUCUUCCCCUGGAACCCACUGGAAACAACUUGGUCCUUGAAGACAGCAGAGAAGGUACACGUUAUAUGGUGGUGGACUGUGGAGGAGGGACAGUGGACAUCACGGUUCAUGAACUCAGUGAAUGUAAUGGUACCUUACGUGAACUUCACAAAGCUACAGGUGGACCUUGGGGAUCCAUGGGUGUUGAUUAUGAGUUUGAACGACUACUUGAAGAUAUAUUUGAUACCGAAUUCAUGGAUCAAUUCAAGCUAAAGCGUCCGGCUGCAUAUGUGGAACUCUUAUUGAGUUUUGAAGCCCGCAAAAGAAGUGCUAGUCCUCAUCGAGAUUCAUCAUUCAACAUUUUUCCACCUUUUGCCUUCAUUGAUUAUUAUCGUAAAUCCAAAGGCAAAGAGAUUGAACAGGCAGUGAAGAAAUAUGGGAGAAAGGACAUAACUUGGUCUACACAAGGGAUGCUGAGACUCCAACCUAAAGUGAUGAUGGAACUCUUCAGACCAAUGCUGGAUAAAAUAAUACAGCACAUUCGAGAUGUUCUGGAAAGUCCAAGAGUGAAUGGCAUCAAGUUUUUGUUUCUUGUUGGAGGAUUUGCAGAGUCUCAGAUCCUGCAGCAUGAAGUUAGGAAGACAUUUGGUGACAAAGUGAAAGUUAUCAUACCACAGGGUGUGUCAUUAACAAUUCUUCGAGGAGCAGUUCUGUUUGGUUUGAAUCCAGGACUGGUGACAGUUCGCCGAUCUAAACAGACAUAUGGUGUUGGUGUGCUGAAACAUUUUGUGCAUGGGAUUCAUCCUCUGGAGAAACUAAUUGAGAAAGAUGGUGUGGAGUGGUGUGCUGAUGUGCUGGACAAGUUUGUUUUGGCUGAGCAGUCAGUGGAAAUUGGAGAGACUGUGGUACGCCGGUAUACUCCAGCCUGUCCUUCCCAGAAGUCCAUUGUUAUUAACAUCUAUAGUGCUGACUCUGAUGAUGCGCAAUUCAUCACUGAUCAAGGAGUUCAUCGCUGUGGAACUCUGAGACUUGACAUACCUGAUGUGAAUGACAACCAUAACAGUGAUAAAUGUCGGGAAAUUCAUACACGUAUGGUGUUUGGGGGAACAGAAGUGACUGCUAGUGCACUUGAUAUAGCAACAGGACACACAGUGCAUGCAGAGAUGGACUUUCUUACUAUAGCCAGUGAUACCGAAAUAUAAACUUUAGUUAUCUGCAGAAUUCUGACUGUCUGUUGGUCAUGAUCCUUAUGAUGUUCCACAGUUUUGUUCAGGUACAAAUUACUGUGUCUAUCCUAUAGACUUCUUAAUCAUAUGACUAGAACAAUUGUUAUGGAUGUAUAUGGCAAUGGACUCCUGUUUCAAAGGUGUCAGGUUUGAGACUAGUUGGGUUCAGUGAAAUUUUUCUUCAUACCUUGCCUUUUCUCUCAACUCAAGAACAUCUGUGAAUGUCUUAAGUGCGGUUUGAAAGAUAUGUUACGGUUUAUGUCUCCUCUGCUGGAUCAUCGUCUUUAGUGCUCUCCUGUCAGGAAUAAUUUGAACCCUUUUCUAUGACUGCCCACAUCCUAAAAACUGAUUACUUCAAUCUUGCCAGAAUGAUAGAGGCCAAAAGGGAAGACAGACCAUAGAAAUAAAAAAUAAAAACAUAUACACAAAAAGUAGUUCAGUGUUAAGUCAAGGGCAGCAAAGAUUUCUGGGCACACUUCUAAACAAUUCUUCUUUUCGAAAAAUCAUGGGAAUAUGUUCUAGACUAUAUUCAUUAAUUAAUUAAAGCAUCAAAUACCUUUUUGAGGAAAAGAAGAUGUGAAACAGUGUACCUAAAUGAUCACACGGGACUGAAUAUCAGGCCUUCUGAACAUCAAUGUAAUAGAAGCUGUUACACCUGUUUAACAUAUCUGUAUAUAAAAGAGGCUCUUCUAUACAACAGAGAGAGCAGAGCCACAAAAUGUUCACUCACAACAUGGAGACCAUUCAUUUAAUACUGCUAUAAACAUUACAAACUUGUGAAGCUGUAACACUAAUCUGGAAUUUAAUUUACUGAAAAUUUUGAAAUAGCGGAAGCCAAUAAUGGUUAUGAAAAAUUAAGGUAAAACUGUGGAGGCCCAUAGGGUUGUGAGAUGUUGAGGCUCCCACAUUUUCUAGACAAUCGACUAUAGAUGGUGGUCAAACUGUUAGCCUUAAAUGCCAGCUGCCCUUCAUCCCACUGGAUGAUUCCAGGUACUAAUUUCUGUUAGAGGCUGAGUUGCUCCUAGGGCCACAGUGUGACUGGAAAGAUUAGGUCA